AUGAAGGUCGCUUCCGCAGUCACCUUCUUCUCCCUUUUGGCUUCGAGCCAGGCCACCUACUGGGGCUCUGAGAAGUGCUACUCUAGCCCAGGCAGAUCCCCGAACAAGUGUAACGAGCAUCAGCAAAAGGGAUUCAGCUGGUCUGACCUCGCUGCUGGUUCGUUCUCUGACUACGGUGGCUUUUCUUUCUCCGGAUUCACCUGCGGCAAUGGCUUUGGAUCUAGCCUUGGCAAGCGUGGCAAGUGUAUCUCGGGUACUGUUUCCAGGGGAGGCUCAAUCUCAAGCUCUGAGUAUGAUUCCGAAUCUGGCUCGAGCUUUGGUGCUGGAGCCAGUUCCUCUCUCACGGGCUCCAACUCUCGCUCAGCUCCAUCCUUCUCUUGUGGCUCGGACGAGAGUGGAUUCUCAGUGACAGACUUCCACGUUGCCACCGAGAAGGACACAGAGCUGCACAUCAUUUACAGCAUGCCCGAUGGAUCGACCUGUAAGAAUACUGCAUCCUGCAACUCUGGCGGUACCGUCGUGAGCAAUGACCAGUGUGGAGGUGCCACAUCUGUUCACUUUGAACUGCCCGAAGACAGUGAGCACGAGAGCUGUGGCUUUGGAAUCUACAGUGUUGGUUUCGACUGCACUCCAGGCUCCACCUCCACGCUACCAGUCGCUGCUAGCACUGUUCCCGCUGCUUCUGUGCACAUUUCAUCUGCCGCAACUGCCUCCAGCUCCCUCAUUGUGCCUUCGAUCUCUGUUCCUAGAUCAUCGGUGCUUCCUGUCACCACCCCAGUCGGGACCACUCCUGCUGCGAGCACCCCCGUUCAGAUGACCACCUCUACUGUGUACGCUACCAGCGAGAUCACGAUCACUAGCUGUGCUCCUGAGGUCACCAACUGCCCGGCCGAUUCCACUGUUGUGACUACCUCGACUAUCGCUAUCUCUACCACGGUGUGCCCGGUUACUGAGAUCACACCUGUCGGUGCAACCUCUCCCCCUGCGGCCACCGGAGCCAGCCCCAGCAGUGUUCUCCCUGUCGGUUCGUCUAGUGUUGUGUCUUCAUCGCCUAGUGGAACACCAGCCAUUAGCAUCCCCGCUACCAGCACUCCUGUUCAGAUGACUACUUCGACUGUCUAUGCCACCAGCGAGAUUACUAUCACAAGCUGCGCUCCUGAGGUCACCAACUGCCCAGCCGAUUCGACCAUUGUCACCACAUCGACCAUUCCCAUCUCAACUACUGUCUGCCCUGUGACUGAGAUCACUCCCGUCGGCGCAAGCUCUCCUCCUGCACCAACUGGAUCUAGCCCUAGCAGUGUUCUUCCCGUUGGCUCGUCUAGUGUUGUGUCCUCAUCGCCUAACGGCACCCCAGCUAUCAGUGUCCCUGCUACCGGCACUCCUGUUCAGAUGACUACUUCAACUGUCUACGCCACUAGUGAAAUUACCAUUACAAGCUGCGCCCCCGAGGUCACCAACUGCCCAGCUGAUUCGACCAUUAUCACCACCUCGACAAUUCCCAUCUCAACUACUGUCUGCCCUGUGACUGAGAUCACUCCUGUCGGCGCAAGCUCUCCCCCUGCGCCUACCGGAUCUAGCCCUAGCAGUGUUCUCCCGGUUGGCUCGUCUUCAGGCUGGGGAUCUUCAGUCUGGUCUUCUGCCAGCGAGACUCCUGCUGAGACCCCUGUGCCUUCCACUCCUGCGAUCACUAGCCCCGUCCAGAUGACUACCUCGACUGUGUAUGCCACCAGCGAGAUUACCAUCACCAGCUGUGCCCCCGAGGUCACCAACUGCCCGGCUGACUCUACUAUUGUCACUACCUCGACCAUCGCCAUCUCCACUACCGUGUGCCCCGUCACUGAGAUCACACCUGUUGGCGCAAGCUCCCCACCUGCGUCUACUGGAUCUAGUCCCAGCAGUGUUCUCCCUGUCGGUUCUUCCUCAGGCUGGGGCUCUUCGGUUUGGUCGUCCUCUGCCAGCGAGACUCCUGAUGAGACCCCUGUGCCUUCCACUCCUGUGAUCACUAGCCCUCCCCAGAUGACUACGUCCACAAUUUACACUACCAGUGAGAUCACCAUCACCAGCUGCGCUGCUGAUGUGACCGACUGUCCCGCCGAUUCUACCGCCGUUGUGACUUCGACUAUCGCAAUUUCCACCACGGUAUGCCCCGUCACUGAGACUACUCCCGUUGCCGCAAGCUCGCCGCCAUCAGUACCUGGAGGCCCAAGCCCCAGUAGCGUGCUUCCUGUCAGCUCCCCUGCAACCUCAGCCCCAACCGGUAUCCCCGGAAUCCCCAGUGUGACAUCUGCUGGCUCAAGCCCGGUCCCCUCGUCUCCUUCUGAGACUCCUUCUACCCCAGAGGAGGCUACGACAACUGUUGUGACUUAUGAGACUGUGACAACUUGCCCUGUUACCGAGACUGUGACCUCGGGCUCUUCUACCUUUGUCACUACCUCAGAGACUGUCUCAACUGUCACCCUGACCUCCACUGGUACCGUUUGCACCGAGUGCACCGCCACCCCUACGUCUGUCUCCCCUGAAGGAAGCUCCUAUGUCCCAACCGGAACCCCUGGAGCUUCGACUUCCGUUCCUUCCGAGACCCCCGAGGGCUCGUCUCCAUCUCCAUCUGCCACCCCGGAGGGCUCUAGCCCUGUCUCAUCGGCAACUGGAGAGGCCUCCAGCCCGGUUCCAAGCAGCCCAGCUGUCUCCAGCUCCGUUGGCUCCAGUGUUAGCGUGGAGACCACCCCCAUUGUGCCCCAAGACUCAACUGCUACUGUUGUGACCUUUGUGACCGUGACCACAUGCCCCGUCACCGAAACCGUCACUUCUGGAUCCUCAACCUACCUGACAACCUCUAGCACUGUCUCGACGGUCACUUUGACUUCCACUCCCGCCCUUCCUAGCUCCGUCGAUGCCGCCAGCACUCCCGUUCCCACUGGAGGCAUCACCAGCGCGGUUGAUUCCAGCGUCGGCGUCACUCCUACCCCCGUUGUGCCCGAGGACUCCACCACCACCGUGGUGACUUAUGUGACUGAGACCACCUGCCCUGUCACCCACACCGUCACUUCCGAUUCUUCGACCUUCGUGACUACUUCGCAGACCGUGUCUAGCGUGACUCUGACCUCUGUUUCGACGAUCUGCACCAAGUGCGCUGCCACCGCCACGGAUAGUGCCCCUGUUUCUAUCGCCACCUCCGUGGUGUCAACCGGUACCUCUGUAGCAUCGACCCCUGCUCCCUCGUCCUCUUGCCCCAAGACAGUUCCUCAGUGCAUCAACACCUGGCUCAGCCUUGCGCCCAAGUGUAACUCCAACAGUGACGCUUCCUGCUUCUGUCCCAACAGCGAGUUCACCUCAAAAGUCAUCUCCUGUAUUCAAGCCUGGGGUGCGAACAAGAGCGAGAUCCAGUCCGCUCUUUCAUACUUCACCGGUAUCUGCGCUACUUGGGUGCCCGAGAACCCCGGCAUUGUGACUGCCAUUCCUUCUACUAUCACUCUCGUCCCCACCGUUGCUCCCUCGGUUCCAGCUCACACUGCCUCCGGCGCCGUGACUGAUAGUGCCGUGCUUCCUGUCACUUCUGCUCCCGCAAUCCCUGUCACAACCAUCACGUACUCGACAUACACCCUUACUGUGCCUCAGGUCAGCUUCGUUACUGGAUCUGCCUCUGCCUCCGGUGGUGCCGCGACUGUUGGCUUGGUUCCUGCCGGUCCCAGUGGUGUCUCCCCGGCCAACACUGGCCAGGUCCCUGCACCUGCCUCGGCCACCUUUGUCACUGCUUCUAGUGGUUACCCCUCGGCUACUGCCAGUGGCUCCUACAGUGCUAGUGCUUCCCCGAUCUUCAACUCUGCAUCAAGCCUGUCUGUCGCCUCCAGCCUGGUGCUGGCUUCUCUUGCUGCCUUCUUCAGCUUGAUUAUGUAA